CAUCUUUACAUCGCUUCAACUACAUUCAUACUUGCUUAUCCAUCUUUGCUUGCAAUUACAAUCGCAUCAUUUCUUUCUCGUCGUUUUCGUCUUAUACUCAAUCAUGGCAUCCACGGAGACUGUAUGGUACAAUGUGUACAUAGUCUACUUUACGCAACCCAGCGGUCCAGCUCACGAAGGGAUUGCGUUGGUUCCAGCACAGCUCGAAGGUCAAGCGGCGGGUCGAUUCUACCAUGUCAAAGGCACCGUUGGUAUAGGAAUGGACUACGAGUGUCGCCCCGGUUACAAUUUUGGUCGCAGCCGAUCGUUCAAGGACAAAGUUUAUCAAUUCCAACUGCCGAAGUCUUACCUCUCAAACUUCGAACAUAUCGCAAGCACUCGACCUCCUCCAUACGAUCCCCGUGCGCUCACCGAGAGAGAGCCAGAUCCUCCAGUCAGGGACUGCGCCGCUUGGGUGGCUGAGGUACUCGCAGAAGUCCGUGCUCUUCUGCGGAGCGGUGGCUUGGCUGCCUAAGCCUACCUGGAUCGCCGAGUGGAAGUCCUCUUAGCACGUCGUAUCUCGCUCUUUUUCGAGGCUUGUACUUGAGUGCAUCAAUCUCGGGGACUAGUUUUGGACACAAAAUCAUUUCACUUUAUGAAUGCAUGAGGAUUUCCAAUUGCAUUUACGCUCGGCCU